GAUUUGCUUUCCCUUCUCAAAGAGCCGCUAUUCUUUGAUGAUUGGGCAGCGGCAAACUUCAAAGUAAUAAAUCUUAUUUCUGACUGGCUGGCGGCCCACCAAAGUCCUUAUCAAAUUCUAAGAAGUGAUCCCUCACUCUUCAGAUAGUCCAAGGAUAUCUCUAGGAGAAGGAGCGGAGAAAAGAGCGACUUUUCUGCAUGAGGAUACUUCUUUCCCUACAUAUUUUUCCGACAUAGUUAUUGUGUUUUUAAAAUAUAGUUAGCCAUGGCUGCUGUGGCUGUCCUGCGGAACGACACUCUGCAAGCUUUUCUCCAGGAUCGUACUCCUAACUCGUCACCCGAGACAGCCAAGCAUUCGCCACUGGCCCUGCUAGCAGCCACUUGUAACAGGAUUGGACAUCACCACGGUUCAAGUCCAGCAGAUUUCCUCCAAGUCCCCUAUGACCCGUCUCUUGGCUCUCCUUCACGACUUUUUCAUCCAUGGACUAACGAAGGACCAGGGAACCCACCGGGCGCUCUCCCCACCAAUUCUGCUUUGGGACUGUCCCCCAAAUCCCAGCUCACCGCUCACCUUCAGUCCUCCUUCAGCUCUCACCACGAGCUGCCUCUUACCCCGCCAGCGGACCCGUCCUACCCCUAUGAUUUUUCACCGGUGAAGAUGCUGCCUUCGUCCAUGCAGUCCCUGCAAUCAAGUUGCCCACCCACCUACGUCCCCGCUGUGACCUACGCAGCCACAGCGCCCAUUGCACCUGCGAUGCCAGGCUUUGUUCCGGGACACUCCGGCCUUAUUCAUCAGCAACCGAAACAAUUAUCCCCAAAUCCCGGGGAAGACAUCCCUUGGUGGAGCCUUCAGCAGGGAAACCCCGUGAGUCACCCUUCGCCCCUGGCAUCCCACCGUUUCCCUCUGCAGCGAAGCCUGGUGCUGGGACAUUCGGACUUCGCGCAAUACCAGACUCAAAUCGCUGCCCUCCUUCACACAAAGUCCCCUCUAGCCACUGCCCGCAGGUGCCGGCGAUGCAGGUGCCCAAACUGCCAAUCUUCGAAUUCCGGUGACGAGCCUGGGAAGAAAAAACAGCACAUUUGUCACAUUCCGGGGUGUGGGAAAGUUUAUGGCAAAACCUCGCAUCUCAAGGCUCACCUCCGGUGGCAUUCUGGGGAAAGGCCGUUUGUGUGUAACUGGCUGUUUUGCGGCAAGAGCUUCACCAGGUCGGACGAACUCCAGAGGCACCUGAGGACGCACACUGGAGAGAAACGCUUUGUGUGUCCCGAGUGUGGGAAGCGGUUCAUGAGGAGCGACCAUCUGGCCAAACACGUCAAAACACACCAGAACAAGAAGAACAAAAUGGGCGAAAAGAGUAUGGAACACGUUAAGAAAGAAGACAUAAGAAAUAUCUAAGAACACAAUCAGGCAAACCCUGUCCUCUUAUCAAUCACGCCCAUUUCUACAAGACAAAAUGGACCAACAGUGCAAUAUAAUUUCCAAAUAAAACCUUUAUAGUACAAAGGCGUACGGUAUCGGAUACGUACUUUUUUUUUCUUUCGGUAAAGCUUUCCAGUCGAUUCCUGAUAAGUGAACAUAUUUUUUUAUCUCAUCGAGGUAGUAUUUUUAUGUAAAUAUUGCUUUUAAAGUUUUGCAUUCACUUUUCAAACAACCACUUAUUGGGGUUUGCCCCCCCCCCAAAAAAAACAAGUUUUACCGCUUAUUUUCGUGUUCCCUGUAUAUAUUACGUUAAGUAAAACAAGUUUUUGAACUUGUGUUUAUGACCAUUGUCUUCGGUGGAAGAUUGAAACUUUUCUGUAAAUAUUAUUUAAUAGCUUUUGUUGAAUGAAAGUGUUCUAAUUGUUUUUCGCUCCGUCCGGGGUGCGCUAGCAUGCUCUUGAAAAGAAAUGCUUAUGUUACAAUGACCCAAAAACUGUGUGAAAAUAAAGAAUUUAUCUAUUCCCCUACUG